ACGAGCCGAGAUCCAAUUAUGGAAGAACAAAACAAGCGCGUCGAAUUCAAAGGCCCAACACUCAACAGGAUAAGGAACAGUAGCGUCCUGUUUCCUCACUGGAUCGCGCUCGCGCUACACUAAUCUUGGUUCUUGCGGUUAUGCCGAUUGAUUUUCCCUCGCCAUCAAUGCGAUUUUGACACUCCGAUGGCGUCGCCGUCGCUUCUUACUCCUCCGCCGGUGCCGGUGGAGCUUUACGUGACCAAUAGAGAGAAGUUGCUCAAAUCAUUACGCCAGCACCUCGCCGACUCCGCUCGUCCUCUCCAGGGCAUUGUGUUGCUUCAAGGAGGUGAUGAGCAAACGCGCUACGAUACGGACCACCUCGAACUCUUCAGGCAAGAGAGCUAUUUUGCUUAUCUGUUUGGAGUGAUAGAGCCUGGAUUCUAUGGCGCUAUUGACGUCGCGAGUGGAAAAUCAAUUCUGUUCGCUCCUAAGUUACCUUCUGAUUAUGCUGUAUGGUCGGGAGAAAUAAAGCCUUUGUCUUAUUUCAAGGAAAAAUAUAUGGUCAAUAUGGCAUAUUUCACCGAUGAAAUUGCAACUGUUCUGCACAAACAAUACGAGGGAUCGAAGAAACCAUUAUUGUUUCUCUUACAUGGGUUGAAUACUGACAGCAACAAUUUCUCAGUACCUGCAAAUUUUGAGGGGAUUGAUACGUUUGAAACUGAUUUGAAUACCUUGCAUCCUAUUUUGACUGAAUGUCGUGUUGUGAAAUCUGAGCUGGAGCUUGCUCUUAUUCAAUUUGCCAACGACAUUAGCUCAGAAGCUCAUGUUCAGGUUAUGAGAAAUAUCAAGGUGGGCAUGAAAGAAUAUCAAUUGGAAAGCUUAUUUCUUCAUCACACGUACAUGUAUGGUGGAUGUAGGCACUGCUCAUACACCUGUAUAUGUGCCACAGGAGAAAAUAGUGCCGUUCUUCACUAUGGACAUGCAGCAGCUCCAAAUGACAGAACGUUGGAAGAUGGUGAUAUGGCUCUGUUUGAUAUGGGAGCAGAAUACCAUUUUUAUGCAUCCGACAUUACUUGUUCAUUCCCAGUGAAUGGUAAAUUUACAAGUGACCAAUCGCUGAUAUAUAAUGCUGUCCUCAAGGCUCACAAUGAUGUCAUAUCAGUUAUGAAACCUGGAUUAAGCUGGGUUGAAAUGCACAGAUUAGCCGAGAAGACUAUCCUUGAGUCACUGACCGAGGGUUCUGUACUUGUCGGAAAUGUGAAGGACAUGAUAGCCGAACAUCUCGGUGCUGUUUUCUUGCCGCAUGGAUUGGGACAUUUCCUUGGUAUCGAUACUCAUGAUCCUGGUGGUUUCUUACAGGGUUUGGAGAGGCCAAAGGAACCAGGGCUAAAUGCUUUACGUACAGUUCGAGAACUUAAAGAAGGAAUGGUCAUCACCGUGGAGCCCGGAUGCUACUUCAUUGAUGCACUAUUAGAUCCGGCCAUUGAGAGUAGUAAAACUUCCAAGUUUUUCAAUGUUGAAGCAGUGAACAGAUUCAGAGGCUUUGGCGGUGUCCGAAUUGAAAGUGAUGUGCUAGUCACAGCCAAUGGCUGCAGGAACAUGACAAAAUGUCCACGAGAAACAUGGGAAAUAGAGGCAGUUAUGGCAGGAGCCUCAUGGCCAAUUGACCAAAAAUCUGCCCGCUGCUGAAUAGGGUACUCGUCACUCGUCAAUGUGUAGAAUAAAAAGUGCUGCGCCAAAAUGGCUUUCGGUUUUGGAGUUGCGUCCAGCACUUGGCUGGCAUCAGGUGUACCUGCAUCAGCAUCAGCCAUUCACUACUGUUAUGUUCUAAACUAAACUAUUUGAUCUUGAGGUUCUAAAAUAAAUAUCCAUCUAUUAUCUCAAAUAACAAUUAUAUUUCCAAUAAAUUCGGCUAGUUUUAGGGGGGUGUACAUGGGUUGAGUUGGACCGGUUUAGAGAUAUUUUAUGAACCAAUUUGAAUUGAACUGGAUGUAACAUUCAACCAAACUCUUUAAAGUUUAA